AUGGAUGCCCCUAUUCCUGCUGAUGGUUCCGGUGCUACUGUUGUUGGUGUUGCCUCGGGUUCAAACCCGCCCCUGUUGUUGCCUCAGGUCUUCGCCCACCCAUUGCCGCUGUUUCUGCAACAACUUCUAUUCCAUAUCCUCAAAGAGGAUUGCCCCGUUGUCUCGGAAGAGAAUAUGACCACAGAGACUGUGGCUGCGAGGGAGGCGUGGAUGCACUCAGAUUUUCUCUGUAAAAAUUAUAUUUUGAGUGGCUUGGCCGACUCGCUGUAUAAUGUGUACUGCACCGCAUAUGCUACUUCCAAGCAAUUGUGGGAGACCUUGGAGAAGAAAUAUAAGCUUGAGGAUGCUGGCACUAAGAAAUUUCUAGUGGGCAAGUUCUUGGAUUACAAGAUGGUUGAUACAAAAUUAGUAGUCAACCAGAUGGAGGAACUGCAAAUCAUCAUUAGUGAUUUGCAUAGCGAGGGAUUGGUCAUCAAUGAACCAUUCCAAGUUGUCGCUGUGAUUGAGAAACUGCCGCCUUCAUGGAAGGAUUUCAAAAACUAUCUCAAGCACAAACGCAAGGAGCUGUCUAUGGAAGAUCUGGCUCUUCGUCUUCGAAUUGAAGAAGACAACCGCAAAGGAGAUAAAGUUUCAGAUAGAUAUGAAGCUAAGGCUCACUUAGCUGAGGCUCUCAAAUCUCAGCCUAAGAAGCAGCAAGGCAAGAAAGUAACCUAG